GCUGAUCUCUAUGGUUUACCCCUAGUUGGACCUGAUGUCAUGCUAGGAGUCCAAUGGCUCGAAGGAUUAGGCAAGGUGACCACGGACUACCGAAUUGGAGUUACGGAGUUCAAAUCUAGAGGUCGGCAAGUCACCCUGAGACCGGCACUGAGAAAGGAACUAAAGAAGUUGGAGGCCGGACAACAGCAAACCGAUGUGCGCGAGCUUCUUGAGGAAUUUGAAGGAGUGCUAGGCAAACCCAAGGGCCUACCACCUCACCGGGAGUUCGACCACCGCAUACCCCUGAUUAAUGAGCAGCACGCAGGACACGUCCAUCCCUAUAGGUACGCUCACUUCCAGAAAACUGAGAUUGAGAGGCAAGUAGCUGAGAUAAUUGAAUCAGGGUUAAUUCAGCAUAGCAGGAGUCCGUUUUCUUCACCAGUACUGUUAGCUAAAAAGAAAGAUGGCACGUGGAGGUUUUUUACUGACUACCGAGCUCUGAAUGCCGCGACUAUCAAGGAUCGAUUUCCUAUUCCUAGUGUCAACGACAUGCUCGAUGAGUUAGCUGGAUCACGUUACUUCUCAAAGCUCGAUCUGAGAGCUGGUUAUCAUCAGAUUCGACUCCACAAAGCCGACAUACCGAAGAUAGCUUUUCGUACGCAUCAGGGACACUAUGAGUAUUCGAUGAUGCCAUUCGGGCUAUGCAACGCCCCAUCCACUUUUCAGUUCACUAUGAAUUCCAUCUUCAAGGAGCAUCUACGGAAGUUUGUUCUAGUCUUCUUUGAUGACAUACUGGUAUAUUCGAAGUCAUGGGGUGAACAUCUGGAGCAUUUGAGAGUGGUGCUUGACGUAUUAGAGGCUAACUCAUUUCACAUCAAGCCGUCCAAGUGUUCAUUCGGACAAGAGAUGGUCGGGUACUUAGGCCACUUUAUAUCUCAUAAUGGCGUGACGGUUGAUCCAAGAAAGAUAGAGGCGAUGGUCGACUGGCCCAAGCCAACGAGUCUCACGCAACUGAGAGG